GAAUGAUAUGUUGACGUCUGGGUCUGUGAAUGGUGACGAUGUAAUAGUAGUAAUUCUUCCUCCUUACAGGUUUUUACAGUUCUACUUUUCGAUGUCAAAAGUUCAAUCAAAAAACCACGAAUUUGGUUAAAGGAUUAACAUAAAGAUUUGGCAAUCUUCUUGUAGAUUUGUGGACAUCAAGAGAGAACUUCUAGGGGCAGUGCGAGCGAACGAACUGAUCUCCAGAAAAUUCACUCGCUCCGAAAUUGACUUGAGUUGCUGUCUGAUUGCAGCGAGCUGAUCGUGAAGUUCGUGAACCAUCAUGGAGAACGUCGCACUGUCACUAGAGUAUCGGAAUGCUCAGAUGGAACUGCGAGGAGUUUUGACUCCGGGCAUUUUGAAGUUCACUUUUCAAGGAGGUACCUUCGGAAACAGUAAAACUCGCAAAGUUCUCCAGCUUCCGUACAACGAAUGGGACUCGGUCAUUUGGAUGCGCAUUGCUGGAGGAUUUGGACUGAAAUUCUUCCUAAAUAACGGUCAAAUGUACCGUUUCUCUGGUUUUGUGGAUAAGGAAUUUGAGGAGCUGCAGAAGUUCAUGAAGAAAAACUACAAAGUGGAUCUCCGACCUGAAGAGAAGUCUGUCAAAGGAUGGAAUUGGGGAAGUGUUAAGUUCAAUGGGUCGGUGAUGGGGUUUAACGUGGAACGGCAGACUGCAUUUGACAUUCCUUUGAGUUACGUAUCACAGUGUACGACUCAGAAGAACGAAGCCAUCUUGGAGUUCCAUCCUAACGAUGAUGCCGCUGUUUCUCUGAUGGAAAUGCGUUUUUACAUUCCUCAAGAAGGAGCUGAAGGAGACCCAGUCGAGUCAUUCCACCAAAACGUCAUGUCCAAAGCGGAUAUCAUUCAAGCCACCGGAGACGCACUCCUUUCACUUCAGGAAGUUCCUUCGCUUACGCCCAGAGGUCGCUACGAACUCAAAGUGUAUCCGACGUUUCUGCAGCUUCACGGGAAAACCUUCGAUUACAAGAUUCCCUACAAUUCCAUUCUUCGUUUGUUCAUUCUGCCCCACCCGGACAAUCGCCAGAUGUUCUUCGUGCUGAGUUUGGAUCCACCAAUUAAGCAAGGCCAAACGCGGUAUCCUUUCCUCAUCCUUAAUUUCAAGAAAGAUGAGGAUCCGUUAGAAGUUGAUCUGGAAAUUUCUGAGGAAGAUUUGAAGAGCAAGUACGACGGGCGUUUGGAACGGCACAUUGCAGGGCAGACAUACGAAGUAUUGGGUCGUGUGUUGAGAGGGCUUGUAAACAGAAGAAUUACGGUUCCGGGGCAGUUUAAAGGCGCCUCGGGAAGCUCCGCCAUUAGUUGUUCAUACAAAGCAGCCGCUGGAGUACUGUAUCCACUAGACCGCGGCUUUAUUUAUGUUCAUAAACCAGCCUUGCACAUAAGGGACGAUGAAGUUGCAGCGGUGAAUUUCGCCCGCAGUGGCGGUAAUACGCGGUCUUUCGAUUUUGAAAUCGAGACGAAAAAUAGCAUCACCCACACCUUUAGCAGCAUUCAAAAAGAAGAAUAUUCGAGACUGUUUGACUUCGUUAACAGUAAAGGACUGCGAGUGAAGAACCGCGGCGAUAAGGAGGAUGUAUCCACUCGGAAAAAUCUGGAUGAAAUCUUGGACAGUGAUGUUGAAUCGGAGCAUGAUGCUUAUUUGGAGCAGGUCAAAAAAGAAGGCGCAGAACGAGAUAUGGAUGAGGACGAAGAAGACGAAGAUUUCAAACCGCCUUCUGAAACCAGUGAUGUUGCUGAAGAAUUUGAUAGCGAAGCCAGUUCCUCUUCGGAGGACGAAGAAGGUGAAGGUGGGGAGAAGAAGCCCAAAAGAAAAAAGAAAGAAAAACGCCGUCAUCGGGAAGAAGAAGUGGGUGACGAUGAACGGAAAAAAGCGGAUAAGGUUAAAAAGGCCAAAAAAAGUCAAGAUCCCGAUCAACCAAAACGCCCGGCAUCUUCCUAUAUUCUUUAUUCCAAUGACAUUCGUGCGAAAGUUCAAGCCGACAAUCCUGGAUUACCAUUAACAGAAGUGGCAAAGAAAAUCGGUGAAAUGUGGAAAGCGUUGCCAGAUAAAAAAAAAUGGGAUCAACUGGCAGCCGAAGCCAAGGAAGAGUACAACAAGAAGCUGUUGGAAUACAACAAAAACAAGAAAGAACGGGACUCGGAUACCGAGAAGGGCGCAAAACGGAAGAAGACGAAAGACGAAGGAAAGAAAAAAGCGUCGAGCUCAGCUACCACUUCCAAGGGGAGUCCGAUGAAAGUCAAAAGUGCUGAGUUUGUUGAUACGGAUAGCAGCUCCAGUUCCUCCUCAGACGCUGAGGAUCGCAAGCAGAAGGAGAAGACAAACGCUAAGAAGACUAAAAAGGAUGAAAAACCCGCGGCUAAAUCCGAUAAACGAGCAAAAACACCUGUGGAGCUGUCUUCGGAUGAUUCGGAUUGAAUUGUACAAACACGUGUUGAACUUCUUCGAAAGUGUUUUUUUACUGGAGGGUUUUCUAAUUUGAUUGAAUCUGAAGCGCUUGGUUUAUGGUUGUAGAAAUGUUGGGUUUUGAAACGUUUUGAGUUUUUAUCUGCGAUGUCAUUUCUGUAACGUACAUUUAUCGCCCUGUAUGUAUUAUAAAAAUGAAACCAGUUGA